AAUCACUCUGCAGCUUGAACAGAACCAAUAUUUUAACUCUGUCACGUGUUUAUUUUGUUUAUCAGGUGGAUUUUGCCAAAGUGCUGCACUACGUCGGCGCCGGCGUGGUCUUCCCGUGCAGCAUGUUGUUUGUGUGUCUGCAGUCGGCUCUGACCUACAGACUGGCCAAGACGCAGGACGAGUACCGAGUGGGACACGUGCGUGUGGGGAUGGCGCUGCUCGCUCUGAUCGCCCUGGUGCUCAGUGGAGUGUUCUUCUGCCAGGAGAGCUUCGCCCUGCAGCACGCCUCCGCCAUCUUUGAGUGGCUCUACUGCAUGCUCAUCAUGUUGUUCUACGGGACGUUCGCCUUCGAGUUCGGGGGCAUGUCGGGCGACACCCUGAUGGUCCUGUCCCGAGGGGCUGGAGCCCAGAGCUUCUCCGCCUCGGAGCACAAGGCCGAGGUGGGCGGGGGGGCCAACCACCAUCAGCCGGAGAGUUUAUCCAUCCUAUAACUGGACUGUGGGGUGUGUCGGCGCCCCCUGGAGGACUCCUGCACCACCACACUCACCGUUGCACAAAGCCACACCUCCAAAGUUACGCUGCAAAACGUUGCACAGUAAAAUAAGUGCCUCUGAACUCAAAGGCCAAAGAGACAGUUCUGUGUUGGUUUUAAUUCUCGUGACGUAACAACCUGAGCUCCCGGCUGAAGUUCAUCAGCCUGAACGUCCUGAAAGUGCCUCCGUCGCCGCUCACGUUCAGUCGCUCACACUUCGAGCUCAUUACUGUUCCCUCUCAGGAAGUUUUGUUACAUCAUCAGCUUUCAGUCUUUACCUCAGCGGUCAGGUGAAGUUUUCCAGAAACCUUCGACAAUAGAUGGACGAGAAUAAUGAUUUUGUGUUUUGUCGUCACCUUUAAAAGAUGUUCGACGUUUUCUUUAUUUUUAAAGUACUUGAGUAGUUGACUCACAAUAAGCUCUGUUGUAUAUUUUGUUUUACUUCAUUUUCAGCUUUAAUGGGACCAAACUAUAGACGAGGACGUCGAGAUGCAAUAUUUGAUUAUAUUUUGAUUUAUUUUAUAAAGCUUAGCAUUGUAUAUCCAACAAAAAAGAAAUGAAAGCAAAU